AAUAUUAUUUGAUUUUUGAAAUUUCAAACUUUAUUUCUUAAUUUUGAAAUUGAUCAGGUGCAUAUUCAUUCCACCUGAUUAGGUUACAGAUUCAAUAAAACCGAUCACAGAUGAGAAUGUGCACAGGUCACAGAUUUUAUGCAACUGGUCACAGGUCAUUGCCAAUGAGUGGUCACCGGAAUAGUCGUCGAAACAGUUGGAGAGGUCAUCGGAAUAUUCGUCGGAACGGGAUAAGUCACUGGAAGUUGCCGGAGAAGUGUUGAAGUCGCACGUCGUAAGUUGUCGGAGAAGCUACUGAGCCGUCGCCGAAAGUUGCCAGAGUCGUCGCUGGAAGCAGCAGGAGCCAUCGCUGGAGAAGCUGCCGGAGUUGUUGUCGGAGAAGCUGUCCGAGCCGUUGUCAGAAGUCGCCGAAGAAGCUGCCGGAGCUGUCGCUGGAAGUGAGGUGGGAUGGAGAGAGAAAGAGAAUGGUUUAAUGUGAUGGGUCGAUAGGUUGGAGAUGGGGUAGAAUAAGUAGAUUAAUUAUAUUAUAUUAUAAUUAAGUAUUUAAUAAAUUUAAUUAUCACCUUAUUUUUGAAAUAUUUUUUGAAGUUUGUUAGUUUUGAAAUAUGAUUUUUAAAUGAAGGACUAAUGUGGUGUUCCCUACUGAAAAUAUGUCAACCAUUUAGGUCAUCAUUCCCUUAACUUUUCAUCAGUCAACAAUAGUACACAUUCUCAUUUGUUUUCCUAUCCAUAUUAAUAUGAACGUACAUCCAUGUUAUCAACCUCGUCUCUAUCGACAUUCACAUUCUCAUCAUAAUAAUCAUGAGGUCAUUAGUUUAGAAAUUGGAAAAAAACAAUCUUUUUACAUUGUUUUUGACUCAAGGCUAAACCCUAAUAUUCCCUUAAAUUCUUGCAAUUGAUAUAUGAGAAUUCCCAUUUUCUUAUCUAAGUACCUCUUAACGAUAUAUUGUCACCUUUGUACUAGGUCUCUUGGUUUUAUGUUGAAGCUUAGUUGAUCAUAGAACUACAUUAUAGGUUGAUCUAACGUGUUUUUACGAAGGGUAGAAAUUUGACGAUAUUAAGGUAUGCGUAGUGCUUAAGUUAUUGACAAAAAUUCUAAGCCCGUGACACUCGCCUCCGAAUUUUUGGGGAAGACAUCUUGAAUUUAUUAUGCCUUUAGACAUCAAAAUAGUCUUGGUUUUUGUAGUGCUUAAAUGUGAUUGACAAAAAUUCCAAGCCCAUGACAAUUGCCUCCAAAUUUUUGGUGAAGACAUCUUGAAUUUAUUAUCCCUUUAGAUGUCAAAAUAGUCCUUAUGGGAAGAUUUUAUUACUGUUAGUUUUGCAAGUGAAUUUAAAAGGUACCUUAGAAGGAACGUUUGUGCUACAAGUAUAUCACCACUUACAGAUUGGUGGUUAGGGCUUGAUUUGGUUAUUCAGCAUUCGGUAUGGUAGCUCAGCAAGCUCAAACUGUUGGGUAUGCGUUUGUAGACCAAUAUUAUUACAUACUCCACCGUUCGCCGGGGCAUGUUCCUAAUUUGUAUAACAACGUCAGUAAGCUUGGCUGUCCUGAAGAUGAUGGCUCCAUGAGCAUCACCACCACUUUGCAAGCAAUCAAUGAGAAGAUUCUGUCACUGAACUAUGGACACUUAAGGCCUAAGAUCAACACUCUGGAUGCACAAGAGUCCUUUAAUGGGGGAGUUCACGUCCUGGUGACUGGAUAUCUGUCUGGGAAGGGCAAUACAUUUAGGAAUUUCUGUCAAACAUUCUUUCCCAUUCCACAGUAUAACGGCUACUUUGUUCUGAACAACAUUUUCUUAUAUAUGGGGAUUUUCAAUGUGAACCCUGCUGUGGUCAGCAAUGUUUUGAGGCCCAUUACACCAGAGCUAAGUCCAGCUCCGCUUCAGGAGAUUCACGCUUCUCUGCGAAGCAGUUCAUCUACUGAUGAAGCUUAUGGGGGAGAAGCUUCCACCUUGUAUGAGAUUGUAGAUGUUCCAAUCGUUGAAGAGGAAAUUCCAAAAGAAGAAAUUCGAGUAGCUGAGUUUUUGAUGAAGUAUGGGAAGAUUUUUCAAAUGGUGGUUGAAUCUAGUCCACAAAUUGAAGAAGUGCAAAAGAAGUCUUAUGCUUCUAUUGCGACGCAUCUCAAGGAAAGCACUGCAAAUUUCUCACUGCCACCACAUGAUCCUCAGAAAGCUCCCCCAAAGAUCACAGAGCAAGUGAAUACACAUUUACCACCGCCAACCGAUGCACCUUUUCUAGUUCUGUUGCAAUUGAUAUUGGGAAUAAUAAAGAUGUUGCAGGGAACACUAGGAGAAGGUUCAAAUCUGGGAGGGGUUCUGGAUUCAGAAAUGAGGCAGCGACAGGAUGCGGAGCUGGUGGCAGAGGUUAAAGUCGUGGAGAUUUUAAUGCCAGGAAUGAGUUCGCAUAUGGAGGUGGUAGUCGGGGAGGAAUGAUGGAUAUCAGAGGGCUGACAACAUCAAUGGCAAUGUUGACCGUAUGAGCGGCCGUGCUGGUGGAAUGGUCAAUGGGGCUGCAAAAACUGUGGCACCUUGGGUUUUGGCUACUCUUGAGAACGAUAGUUAAAGAAGGGGCAAUUGGUUUUUGUAGGCUUUUCCUUUAAAAUUAUGGUAAAUUUUAAGUGUGUGGACAUCCAGCGGGUAGACAGUUUCAUGGACUGAAUUUUUUAUAGGGUUUUACAAUUUUCUUGGCUGUUAGGUUUAUAUUGUGGUGCAAUUUGAUGUCCCGGAGUUGUAAUUCUUCCUAUAUCAUUUUUGGGCCAUUUAUUCCAUAUUCA